AUGCGGGAGUCUGGCCCCACGCUAAGCGUGUGCAGGGAUAGCAAUCCUUCAAUUCUGUUCAUGCAAAUGAAUAGAAGGCGAAGCCUCCAGGCAUAUUAUGAAAAUGAUUGGUCAAGCCGGACGGUCAGCCUCUCAGAGAUGUUCCUUGCCCUUCCCUGGCUUGACUGGAAGGUGGUGACCCCCGCCUUCAAGCGAGGCUCAGGGUUGAUAACUCCCGCGCCGCCCGGGCAUCGCGACCGCGACCGCCCAUCAUGGCUCCAGACUGAUAUCUCCAUGCCUGGCAAUUACCCAUCCCCGAGACCGACGGCACCACGCGAGCGUGGCAAAUGGAGGAAAAAUGAGAAAAAUCAUAAAAUGGCCAUGAGCCAUGGCCACCACCAAAGUGGAAAUAUAAAAAGCCAUGCCCUUCGGAUUGCGCUAAAGGGGACAAAACACUUGUUUCUCUUUCCCCUCUGGUCCACCCAAACGCACGGGCAACAGAAAGCGUCUCUGCCUUCGCCUCAGGAUUACUAUCCGUCAGAAAAGCGUCCACUUUCGCCGGAGUAUUGGGGUAUAAAGGACUUUCAACGCUCUCAAAUGCCUCUGGAUGAGCCAGCCAAAAAGGAGGAGGUGUUGCAUGAGACCCGCGAGGGCUUCCAGCACACCGAAGAGCGUGAGAGACUAACGGGAGUUCUGCAGACCGUGCUUGUCAGUAAUCCACCAAACCGCGAUAACCAGCAGGAUGUACUAAAUUGUGAUUUCAUCUACGAUAUUCUCAUAUUCACUUUCGACAAGCCAUUGAGACGACGCAUGCUAGUGGACUUUGAAACAGAGGCUAAUUUCAUGGAUCACGAUGUCUCCCAGAGAAUGAAUGUCCGCAUGGACCCCUAUGAUGGCCCGCCAACCCAACUUACCACUCGGGGGGAAUUGAGGCCCGUAGGUAAAGUGCAGGCAACAUGGACUAUUUUUGGCCACGAAAAGCCAUAUUGUGCCGAAUUUUACGUUGUUCGAGGUACCAGUUUUGAUAUCAUCCUUGGCACCACUUCAUGCCGGGAUAUCGGUCUUUACCGUAUGGAUCCUAUGGUUGCCAGACGACUCGGUAACCCGGAACAGACAUAG